AUGGAGGCCGACCCGAAAGCCGGCGAAGCGGCGCCGACCGUGCAGGACUUCCCUCUGUAUCUCGACCUCGGUAGUGGACUCACUGCCAAGCUCGAGGAACACGACUACGCCGUCCUCGUAGACCAUAGGCUAGAGUUCAACGCCCGUUGCUUGGGAUUCGGCAUCAACAUCGCACCGCUUCCAGGAGCACAUUGCAGCAUCGUUGUCAUCCUGUACCCCGGCGACCUGUUGAAGGGUGGGGGGGAGAAGACCAGGACCUCGAUCCGGCACUUUGACCCGCAGACCGUGAAGCAGUGGCACCGCGACGAGGCGAUCCGCGUGCUGAAGUUUUUCCGGGCGGCGGUCCUGGCCGAGCUUGGGUGCGAUGGUAGGAAGUGGGAGUGGGCGAAGCCUUCCGAUGAAGAGGUGGAGGACAGGCUCGCCGACUGCGAUCAACCCGUUCGAGAUAAAGUGCCCGACGCCGUCCGGGACGGGGACGCGGGCUCCGGCCUGCUAGCAAUGAGCGCGUUGUGCUGGGUGGUGAGGAGGAUGGAUCUCCUGACCGGCGCCAUCCGUCGCAGUGAGACCAGCAUGGACAAGGUCAACGUUUCGGGGUUGAAGGGGCUGCGGAAUGGGAUGAUAACAUUCGUCAAGGAGCACGUCGCUCUCAAACGGUCGGGCCAUGUCGGAUUUACUGCCGACGCCUGUGAUGACGACGGCGAGGAGGCCCCUUUGGCAUCCACAGCAAUAGGUGUCGCCUACACCAUCGAUGAUGCGCGUGGGACUUCGAUCGGAGAGCCCGUAGGCGGCGUCGACAAGGAAGAUGAGGAGGCGGGAAGGGCGGUGACUGGGACCGCGGAGAAGAACCAGGAGGAUAACGAGGAUCAGGAAGAGGACCAUGAGGAUCGUGAGGAGGAGGAGGAGGAGGAGGAGGAGGAGGAGGAGGAGGAGGAGGAGGAGGAGGAGGAGGAGGAGGAGGAGGAGGAGGAGGAGGAGGAGGAAGAGGAGGAGGAGGACGAGGAGGAGGAGGAGGAGGAGGAGGAGGAGGAGGAGGAGGAGGAGGAGGAGGAGGAGGAGGAGGCGGAGGAGGCGGAGAAGCAGCAAGAGGGGGAGCAGGAGGAAGAGGUCGAGUGGGAGUUAGAGGAAAUGGAGGUGGAGUACGUAGAGGGAGCGGCGGAAACGGCUGGGAGGUCGGCAGAUGUUGUGAACAAGGGAGGGGAGGAUGCCGAUGAGGAGAAAGUCGGCGUGGAGGAGGCUCACGGGGGGGGUGAGAAGGUCGUGGUCGGCGAUGUGGAUGGCGACGCGAAGGAAGUUAUCGACCUCGAGGUCGUUGGAGAAGGGGAUAACGCCGCGGCCACGAAGCCGACGGGCGUGGAAGCGCCUACCGAGACCACCGCAGGGAAGGCCGGGGGGGAGCGGUCUAGGGUGAAGAAGGCGGCGCGCGGUCAUCCCGGUUCCUCCGCAUCUGGUCGGCAGGCACCGCUGGACGUCUUCGAGCAGCUGCGACAGGAGAACAGGCGACUGACGGCAGAAAAUGCCCGUAUGGAGAAGGCGCUCGAAGAUGAAAGGGGUCGGGUGGACAGGUUUGUGUUGGGGAUGCGGGGACUCCUCGACAAGCUCCAGUCGUUGGCCGACCAGGUCGCCGUCUCCGACAAUAAUGCGGCGAAACGGCUGCUAGAUGCGACGUCGGCCGUGUCGACAACCAUCACGGACAACAUCACCAAUCACAUGGACGAAUCGUGGAAGGCGAUGAAGUCCUUCGCCGAAAAGGCGUCGAGGUGGUUGGCGGAAAUCGACGGUCCGGAGGGAAGUAUGGCAGUUGAACGCGCAAAAGCGGUCGCCGCCUUGGGCAACCACGUGGAAGCGGUGGUGGACGAUGCGAAGCUGGGUUUGGAGGACUUCAUCUCGAAGCACCUAGCCGCCGCGCAGGCCAACAUUGCCGCCGCGGUAACUCGCACCAUCGCCGUGCCGCCGCCGCCCCCGCCGCAGCCCACGCCAGCCUUCCCGGACGAGCUCAUGAAGUCGUUCAAGGCGGACGUGUUGAAGGCGGUGACGGAGGCCACCCAGCAGUCGUUUGUUGCGUCCGGGUUAAAGCUCAUGACCGAGGUGAUCGGCAAUGUGGCGGCUGGUCGGCGUGCGUCGUCGCCGUCGGCCAAUGACGCCGAUCCCGCGCAACGAAGGGAGGCCGACAAGCAGGGCCGGAAAAGGGCGGGCGGCGGAGAUGAUGCAGGGAGCGUGAAGCGGAGCAAGGGAGCCGAUGGAGGCCGCGGCGUCGGCGCGGUGGGUCCAGGCGGCUCGCGGACUCGAGGUCAGAGCGUGGUCGACCAGCUCAAGAAGAACGGGGCCAAGGUGAUAAGGUCGCACAGCAAGGGCGAUGGAAUCGGGAGUGCAGAUGGGGGCCAUGCCGACGAGGUUGCCGCACAAGACGGCGGGAAAGGCUUGAGCGACAAGGAGAUCCCAACCGCUCAAACGGCGAUAGAUGGCGGCGCCAGAACCGUCAAGGGACCGUCUGUCGGGGUCGCGGGGACCACGUCGAUUCCCCGAAAACCCCCUGCGGCUAGCAGCGCGCCGGUCGGCCCGUCAGCCGCCAACAACGAUGGGCCGGCCCUUGUGGCUACUCCAGCUGCAGUGGGCCCCUCUGCCGCCAAGGGCGACGCGAAGGAUGCUGCGGCUAACCGCGACGGUCCGUCCGCCUCUAAGGUGCCCGCAGCGGCGAACGCGCUCAGGGAAAUGCUCCACCGCAUGGAGGCCCAUCGCAAGGACGUGCAGCAGCCUCCCUUGGUCGAUGCCGCCCCCGCCGAAGCAGCACGCCGCACGGUCACUCCGCAGGUCGCCGCCACGACGCCCAGUGCCCCACAUACCGCGCCUCUGGUCGCCGCCCAUCCAACUGCGGACCCAAAGUCCGCAUUGCUUCGCGCUCGGUUAGGCGCACGUAGUGCGGCAGCGCCAGCACAGACUCGGCCGGAAGCCGGCUCAAGCGCGACGCCGACGUCGGUAAACGAGGCGGCGGAGAAGGGCGUGAGGGCAGCGCUAGCCACCGGCGGCGGAGCCGUUGACCAUGCACAGGCGUCGAUAGGCCACAACGACGCCGACAUCGCUGCCAUCCAGAACCUGAUGGAAUCGGUAAAACGCCCCGGGCACCCCGCUGCUCUGGCCAUCUCGGACACGGCGCAUGUGGAGCCCUUGGCGAAUCCCCCCGCUGGUUCAGCGGAGCCAAAGACGACCACUGAUGCUGUCGGCGAUGGAGAGUCGAAACGGAAGGGGAAGGCCGACACAGUGAAAGGGAGGGCGAGCUCUCAGAGGAAAACACGGGCGAUGUCGGCCGAGACAGGGAGGGAUAAGGCGAAGGAGAAGUCGGUGGAGAAAGGGAAGGAGAAGGCGGAGGAGAAGGAGAAGGAGAAGGAGAAGGAGAAGGAGAAGGCGGCGGAGAAGGAGAAGGAGAAGGAGAAGAAGGAGAAGGAGGAGAAGGAGAAGGAGAAGGAGGAGAAGGAGAAGGAGAAGGAGAAGGAGAAAGGACGGAAGGGUCAUGGCAUCCGCCACGACAACUCGGGCGACGGUCUUGGGUGGGUGGGCGAGAUUAAGGUGCUCGGCGCUAAUCGAUACAUCGGCAAAUCGCGCGAGAAGAUGGAGCUGGCGUACUUGCACUCGAUUGCGUACAUCGUCUACGACGGCUACGUCAGCAAGGUCCUCAUGGCCGAGCUCACCGGCUUGGAGGAAACCGAGUUGGAGAAGUGGAGGAUGGUGUGGGAGGAGGUCAAGAUUUUGCCGACAGGGAUGUGGACGGUGAUAUGGGCACGGGGCGCGUACCUUCCAAAAACACGGUUCGAUGACAUUCUCGGCCAGUAUCGAGCGUACAAGAGCUCAGGCGAUGCGCACCACGACGCGCUCUUGCCGGCGAUCUGGUUCCCCGUCGAUGCCGUCACAAAGGAAGGCCAGGAGAAGUCGGAUGCUAUGAUGUCGGCCAUGAUAGGUCGCGUGUCCAUGUGCGCUGCGUAUGGGAAGGUCGCUGCGAGCGCGGCGAGGAAGGAGGGAGACACUGAUGAGAAGACGGCGAUUGCGGCACAGGCGUUAUCGGCCUCCGCUUGCGCCGUGUGGUGCUUAGUCGAGAACGACGACGCCCAGGUGGUCGAUGCUGUGGGCGAAGGGAAGGCGGCGGCGAUGGUGGUCGGUGCGAGCGAGAAGACCGCCGGUGUCUUCAAGGAGGUCAUGCAGGCGGUACUGGAGGCCGAGAUCGACCGGGAGCAACCCCUGGGGGAGGUUGCGCACAACGUCGCGCCGGCGCUGCAGAGUCUCGCUCUGCACCGGGUCUACCCGGGGGUGGAUCAUGAAGUCGAAGCCGACGUGAUUGCUAGAGCGACAGUGGAGACAUUGGCGUUCUGGGGAAUGUGCCCCGUCGCCGGGCCGAAACUCGAAAAGAUCGGCAUCGCGGUGCCGUGUGACGCGCAGAUGGAGUACGACAUUGAACACAGGGGGAGGAAGGGGCAGAGAGGCAAGCAGGGCAAGGACAGCACGGGGAAGAAGGGGAAGAAGGGCAAGAAGGGCAAGGACAGCACGGCGGCGUAG